UAUGGAAAUCGCCCGGAAAAUCGGAGAAUAUUAAGCUCAAUUGGUGGUGAUAAGUGAAUUGUUUGUGAUAUUUGAAAUGUGCGGUGAGUGCACCUGUUGACAUUAUUUGUGAAGUGAUUUUUGGGCGGAUUCAAGAGAGUUGUUCACAUUCUGUUGUAUGUUGCAAUCGAAAGGGAUAGUCGUCAUGGGUAGAUUAUUUGGUUAUAGAAAAUUUUCCAACCCAGAAAAGCAAUUGCCGUUGACCAGCGCUGCUAAAUUAAAGGAUAAAGAAAAGUGUCUACAAGAUGACGUGACUCAGGCAUCUUUUCACACCCAGAUAAGAAAUAAUGACAAGGGAUGUAAUUCAUUCCUGGAAUAUGCUAGUUCUUCAAAUUUCUCCCGGAAUGAGAAUCAUCUUGAAACGGAUACUAACGACGAGAGCAGCAGCAGUAUCAGCAGCAACAACAACAGAGUUAAUAACAAAGAAAAUAGCAAAACAAGGAAAAAAACAAUUGCCUCAAGCUUUAGGAAGAAUACUCAUAGCCUUUGGUGGACAUUCAGGGUCGCCAAGUUAUCAACAGCAACCAAAACAACAACAGCAGCUAAGAUAAAAGCAGCAAAAACAAUUCACAAGGAUACUAAGUCAAAAAUUUAUGGUUUUAUGAAGGACUUUUUGAGGAGACGGUUUCGCAACCAAAGUUCGCAUGAAGAAACCUACAUUGAGUUUCCGCACAGCAUUCGAGUGAUAAACAAUAAUCUGGGCUAUCAAGGACGAAAUAACGCUGACGCCGCCGUUGCCGCCGCAGCCGAUAAUCACACAAAACGAUUCGGCGUCAUGCAAGACGUUCGAAUUCGUGUCGAACAGCCUAAUCAUGGCUCGCCUAGCGCACAUCGAAGGCCCGUUCAUUUAUUCCCACAACCGAAUCUGAACUGUAACGACAACGAACACAUCCCGCGUUCACCCAGUUCAGAAGAGGAUAAUUCACCAACCGAAAUGAAUAACUGCCGACGAUUAGUUGAUAAGCCACCGCUGGUGAAGCGCUUAACAAUGGGACUGUUACGACCAACGGAAGAGAGUCGUCCUCUUGUACACAAUACAUCAUCAUCUCUGAAUUCAGGAUCAUCACAAACAAUAUCCGAUGGUUAUGUGAACGAAGGAAUUUGCGAACCGGAAAAACUUAUUUCAAGUAAAUUUGGCGAUUCAUGUCGACAAUCAUUGACCGCCAUACCACUUGAGACUCAUCACUUCCACGACAAUAGUGAAUUUAAUUUCAAAAAGAAAUUUCUUAGGGAAACAAGUAGUGCAAAUUCGAGUCCGAAAAUUUUCGCACCAUCGGCUCCAAUUAGAAUAGAUAGCCUUAGUCCUUCGGAACAGCAUGAAUUGAAAGGUGCCGCAUGGUUUCAGGCGGGAAUUCCCCGGGAAAUAUCUUUGGAAGUACUGUCGCGACAAAGUCCUGGAGCAUUUUUGGUACGGCAGAGUAGUACGAAGCCUGGCUGUUUUGCAUUAUCCUUGCGAGUACCGCCCCCAGCACCAAAAGUAGCACAUUAUUUAAUAUUGAAAACACCACGUGGCUAUAAAAUUAAGGGAUUCACAAAAGAAUUCUCAUCACUGCGAGCCUUAAUAACCCACCAUUCCGUUAUGCCUGAAUUGCUUCCAGUGCCACUUUCCCUGCCUCGACCACAGCAUUGUAUUCCACCCCGACGUGAUUUAGACGAUUUCGAUACUUAUGGUUCCCUUAAUGACUUCCGGAAAAUGAUGUCGGAUUUGAAUGUUUGACUUAGGAAAUCGGAUAUGACCACCGCCCCCCACACAGCCAGCACUAGCACCAGUCUAAGAAGAAACUCAACCUUGCUGAAAUGUAAAUAAUUAACCACGGAAAUGGAAACGAUGCCAUCAAUGAUGAACCAGUUUCGCGUUCGCAGAAGCUUUUCUUCAUUCCGAUGGAAAUGAAAAUCACUCAAUAGCCAGCUUUACUUAUUAGAGCCUCCCCGCGACGGAAAUAAUUCAUUAAACGGCCAAAGUCAAAUCCGAAUUCAAGCGCGAUACCUGCCAUGCUGUAAGCAUCAGUGCUGAAAUUGAAACGAUUUAGGAGCAUAUUCAAUUAUUCAACGAAAAUUAAGCAGAGUAAUUCAAAGUUCUUAGGAGGAUUUGAAAAUCCUUUGAUCGAGCUUUCCCUAACUGGCUCUAAUCAUUUUUCAUGUUCCCGUCAGCAAGCGAAUGCCGAAUAACAAACCGCAAACUUAAUUGAAAAUUCUGAUUGAAUGAACUUUGGCUUAAUAUUUGAAAUAUUCGCCCACGAAGGAUAUUUAUUGAGUACUGUUGCUGAUAGAGUGAAUGUAAUGAGUAUAAUACGGUGGUAAUGCCUUGCAAAAUGGGCGGUUUUCUGCAUAUGAUGGCGAACAAACAAUAAUGAAAUGGAAAUCGGUAGUUAAAUUCAUGCUUUCUACUUUUUGAUAUGGAAAAAGUGAUAUUAACUAGAUCAUCCAUGAAGGAUAAAAGUUCACAAAGAUGGAAAUGUAUCUUCGACAGACACCUUUACAUCUGAUGUCCUUAAUCACUCUAUUUUGCAAGAACGCGACUAGCAAUACAUUGGAAUAUCAUAGAAGGUCAACAAAGCACGUAGAAAAUAACAUCAAACUAAUAUUAACAAUGAAAGUUAUAAAAUAUUUAUAUUUAAUAUGCUAGUUAGUUAGUGGGUAAGUAUUAUAUUUAAAUCAAAAUAAAAUGUGGUGAUUUUAUAUUUAGCGAGAGAAUAAAUCAAGUAAUCUACGAAUGAGAUGUGCGUUCAUAUAUACCUGCAGCGUAUUUUGCAUAAUUUAUACGAGGUCAAUAUAUGCCUAAUACUCACAGAAGCAUAAACACAAUAUAAUAUUACUAAUCAAUGUAAUUGCAAAAGGAAACUUUUCCAAAAACGAGAAAGUGGCACGGCGGUGAUAAUGCUUUUAUUUUGCAAACGUAGCGAAUUGCCAAUUAUUUUUGAAGUCAAAAUCAUAAGAUACCAACUUUGUGAAUGAACCUCGAAGGAAAAUUUUUAUAACAGUUGAAUGAGAAGAUUCUUCUUCUAGCGUCAGUUAUUAGAAUAUGUUACAUUAAUAGAUUUUGAAUAUCAUUUCUCACCUAGCAUUCUGUUGCUGUGCUACACCCGCUAAUGUUAUAAACAAAAACGAAACAAUAAACUGAAAAAGGAAACAUAUUUUGUUCAAUUGUGUAUUUAAAGUGUAUGGAAAUUAUUACUCAAAAUGAAAAAGAUAAAUAUAAGCUACUGUAAAUAUUAUUGAAUAAUAUUAUUAAAAAAAA